AUAUGGUUAAAGGUGUGAAUAUCUGCGACGUGAAGGUGAUGAACAACCCCGCCCCUUUCCUAGACCCAUUCUCCUUCGAAAUCACGUUUGCCUGCCACGAAGACUUACCGGAUGACAUUGAAUGGAAGAUCAUCUACGUGGGAUCUGCGGAGAGUGAGAAACUGGACCAGACCCUGGACAGUGUACUGGUGGGUCCUGUGCCAGCCGGGAAGCACAUGUUCACACUCGAGGUGCCUGGCCCUGACCCCAGCCGCAUCCCAGACCAAGAUGUGGUAGGCGUGACCAUAGUUCUGAUCACGUGCUCUUACCGUGAAAAAGAGUUCAUCCGAGUGGGCUACUACGUGUCUAACUCGUACAAGGAGCUGGAGUUGCACGAGAACCCGCCCGAAAAACCCAAAUACGAACUACUUGAACGAAACGUCUUGUCAACGAACGCUCGAGUUACACGCUUUGCAAUUGACUGGGGAGACUCGGAAACGAUUACAAGUGGACAUGUGGCGAACGGAGAACAGUCAACAGUGAAUAAUGAAGAGGCUCAGAAAAACCUCGAGACUGAUUUUGAGAUCCAGAAUAAGGAAAAUAAUCAGCAGCAAUCGGCUGUCGAGUCUGCUAAUGAAAAAGCCACCGGAAACGCCGAAAAAGAUGCCCCGUCUGGUAUCAAAGAUAGUGUCGUAGAGACAAUGGAUACUAGUAAUGCUGCAGCUGAAGCUGCAACUGCUUGAACACUUUUGAACUAGAAAUACUUUGGGUCCUUUAACUUAUUCUACUCAGCACAAGUUUGCGUCGUUCGAACUGUUUAAUUGCGUUGUUCGAGCUGUUUUACCGACUUUUCACCAAAUUCAACCCAGCAUAUUUGGGUAUUUUCAUUUCUCUUAAUGAGAUCCAGAGUUUUGGGCGGAAUAAGUCAAAAGACCCGACACUUUUUGCGAGGCAACUGUAUUCUUGAUUUUGAGAAUAAUUUGUCUUGAUUCUGAGAGUAGAUUGUGUCGCCUUAGUGAGUUGAUUUGAGUUGUUUGUUUGAAAUUUCGUUGUGUAAUAUGAUAACUUUGACCUCCUUUCACUAGUAGCGUUUUUUUAUUAUUUUAAAUUACUAAUUGUAGCCUAUUGUUAUCUUAAUUUUGGAAUUGAAUGUUGGCUUACGA